AUGGCUGCUCAAAGCUCCCAAUUUCAAGAAGAAACAAGAAGUAAUUUUCGGAAUACAGGAGCAUCAAUUAAAAAUCUUGAAAUUCAAAUGAGUCAAAUAACACAACAAUUGGCAAGCCCUCAGCAACCUGGUGCUCUGCCUAGUGCCACAGUUACAAACCCCAAAGACCAUAAUAAUGUGAGCGCUAUAGUAACUAGAAGUGGUAAAGCGAAAGAAGUUGUUGAGGAGAUUGCUAAAGAAGGAGAGCCAUUGCUUGAAGUAGAUGUAGAAAUAAAAGAGAAUGAAGCACAAGUGGAAGACUUAGGUGUGUUGGAACCAACAACUAAAGGGAAGACUAGUGAACAAAAACCGGAAAUCAAAUUACCCUUUCCAACAAGAAAUAAGAAGAAAGGGCAGCACGAGAAAAACUUUCAAAAAUUCUUGGAAAUGUUUAAGAAACUUGAGUUGAACAUACCAUUCCUGGAGGGUAUGAAGAUUCUGGUGAAGAAGAAAGACCGAGGCUCUGUAACUAUUCCUUGUACGAUUGGGGAUAGAUCAUUUAAAAAGGCUCUUAUUGACUUAGGAGCAAGUGUUAGCCUUAUGCCGCUGUCCAUCUACAAGAGAUUGGGAAUUGGUAAAGUUCAAGAUACAAGAAUGACACUCCAAUUUGCCGAUCAUUCCGUAAAAAGACCGUACGGGAUAGUAGAAGAUGUGCUUGUAAAAAUAGACAAGUUUGUGUUUCCAGUGGAUUUUGUAAUUUUAGAGAUGCCAGAAGAUGAAUAA